GGUUCUUCCGGGGUCCUGCCCUAUAGACCUGCUGAACGUGGCCUUCGAGCACGAGGUGCACAUUAUUGACAGUCCGAGCAACAGCAAGAAGUGGUUCAAGUCCUUCGACGCGCCCGACCGUCUCAGUGCGAAGCUUGGCGUCGAUGAGCUCCGUGCAGCAUUUCCUCAACACCAGUGGAACCUCGUUGAAGUACGCCCUUUUUUUGCAAUAGAAUUGAUGUGUAAAGAGGAGCUGCAGUUUGACCGUGCCUACCACAUCCACAAGUUGAUCUAUCCACUUGAGACCGUCCUGGAUGACAGCCUCGGGUGCGCCCUCUGGUUUGCCGCUCGUGGCAGUGGAAAGAUCUCUGGCAACCCAUACACAAGCCCAGCGAGGGUAGUCUUCGUGGGAAUGGGUGCAGAUGAACAGCUGGGCGGCUACUCAAGGCACAUGGUAAAAUACAAGAACUCCGGCUGGGAGGGUCUCAUUGAAGAGAUUUCUUCAGAUCUCAACAGGAUAGCAGAGCGGAACCUAGGCCGGGAUGAUCGCAUAAUAUCUGACCAUGGUAGAGAAGGCAGGUUUCCGUUCCUGGACAGGGAUGUUGUCAGCUUCCUGAAUCGGGUACCCAUUUGGAUGAAGGUGAACCCUCACCUGCCUCGAGGAAUUGGAGACAAGAUGCUACUGCGCGCACUAGCCGCAUCCUUGCACCUCGACGAGGCUGCCUGUCGGCCUAAACGAGCCAUGCAGUUUGGAACACGUGUGGUGCGUGCCGAAGAAGAUCGUGCCAAAGGCGGUGACAUUUGCCAAAAACUCAUGGACGUAAGUGUCUGA